CAGCCGAUCAGCCUCCUCAAGAGCCCAGCAGCGAAGCAGCAGCCGUCAGUCUCACCAGUUCCUGUUUCCGCUACGGCUGGCGACACGCAUCGAUACGAAGCAUCCCUUUCAUUAAAAACACACGCGCUUUGGAGAUACACGAACUCUCUUUUGCCAAACAAGGUGGAGGGAAUCGUUCUUGUGUGUACCAGCUGAAUAUUUUCAGGACGCCCAGUCUGGGGCAAGAACGCUUAGAGGGACCCUAGAAGAAGAGGAACCAAUCAGAGCCAUUGGUUCUCCAAAGUGAAGUCUAAUCAGUGAAGUCUUCAGGGAUCACGACAGGCGGACACUAAGAUCCACACAUCUAAACCUCUCCACCCUUCUCCCUGAGGGGUUGCUGCCAUGAUAUAACCUCCAAGCCACUACACACGCACAUAAUUGAGCCCCAGUGACCCAUUACGUCCCUUCUCGUUGGCGGAGCACUGAGGUGGUGCACUGCUUAGGAGAGCAUGCAUCAAACUCCCAUGUUUUGAAAGGAGUGUGCGCGCUGGGCAGCACUAGGCGCCAUGCGUCCGUGGACGGGCUCGUGGCGCUGGAUUAUGCUGGUGCUGCUGGCCUGGGGCACGUUGCUUUUCUACAUCGGGGGCCACCUCGUCAGGGACAGCGAGCAUCCAGAAAGAUCCAGCAAGGAGCUCUCCAAGAUCCUUGCCAAGCUGGAGAGGCUGAAGCAGCAGAAUGAAGAUCUGAGACGCAUGGCCGAGACGCUCAGGUUGCCUGAUGGACAGGCUGAUAGUGGUCCUGGAGCUUUGGGUAAAUUACGUAACCUAGAAGAGCAACUAAUCAAAGCUAAGGAAAAGAUCAACUCUUACCGCAGUUUGCCUGCUGAUGGCCCAGGAAAGGACCAGGAGGAGCUGAGGAGAAAGGUAGAGAAUGGCGUGAGGGAACUGUGGUAUUUUGUACGCAGUGAAGUGAAGAAACUGGCGCUGGUGGAGACUGGAGCUCUACAGAAACAUGUCGACGCUCUUCAGCAGGACCUGGGACACCAACAGAGGUCCAUCAUGACUGACCUGUAUCAUCUAAGCCAGGCGGAUGGCGCAGGAGAAUGGAGAGAAAAAGAGGCCAAAGAGCUCUCUGACCUUGUGCAGAACAGAAUCAUGUACCUACAGAACCCUCAGGACUGCAGCAAGGCUCGUAAGCUGGUGUGUAACAUCAAUAAAGGUUGUGGUUACGGCUGCCAGCUGCAUCAUGUGGUCUACUGCUUCAUGAUCGCCUAUGGCACACAGCGCACACUCAUACUGGAGUCGCAGAAUUGGCGCUACGCCACUGGUGGCUGGGAGACCGUCUUUAAACCCGUCAGUGACUCCUGUACUGAUCGUACCGGGGCCUCCACUGGACACUGGUCUGGUGAAGCUAACGACCGGGACGUUCAGGUCAUUGAGUUGCCUAUUGUGGACAGUCUGCACCCUCGCCCCCCAUACCUCCCCCUGGCCAUCCCUGAAGACCUGGCAGACCGGCUGCAAAGGCUUCAUGGAGACCCUCCCGUGUGGUGGGUUUCUCAGUUCGUCAAGUACCUGAUCCGCCCUCAAGCCUGGCUCAUGAAGGAAAUGCAAGAGGCCACUGCUAAACUGGGCUUCAAGCACCCCAUUAUAGGGGUGCAUGUGCGGCGGACAGAUAAGGUGGGGACAGAGGCAGCGUUCCACCCCAUAGAAGAGUACAUGGUGCACGUAGAGGACCACUUCCAGAGCCUGGCCCAGCGAAUGCACGUGGAUAAGAAACGUGUUUACCUUGCCACCGAUGACCCUUCGCUACUGCAGGAGGCCAAGUCUAAGUACCCUGAUUAUGAGUUUAUAAGUGAUAAUUCUAUUUCAUGGUCGGCUGGGCUACACAACCGCUACACUGAGAACUCUCUGAGAGGAGUCAUCCUGGAUAUUCACUUCCUCUCUAGGACCAACUUCCUCGUGUGCACCUUUUCCUCACAGGUGUGUCGAGUGGCCUACGAGAUCAUGCAGACUCUCCACCCGGACGCCUCUUCGUUCUUCUACUCGCUGGAUGACAUCUACUACUUCGGCGGGCAGAAUGCCCACAACCAGAUCGCCAUCUACCCUCACCAACCACGCAACAGCGAUGACAUCCCUCUAGAGCCCGGAGACGUGAUCGGUGUAGCGGGCAACCAUUGGGACGGCUACUCCAAGGGCAUCAACCGCAAAACGGGCCGCACUGGCCUCUAUCCCUCCUAUAAAGUCAAAGAGAAAAUCGAGACAGUGAAGUAUCCCACGUACCCAGAGGCGGACAAACAGCUUAAGAAGCAGUAGAGAGAGACAAUUUACAUACUCAUGUACUGUAAUGAGGAAACCCUGGAACGAACUCCCAACCAUCUGGAUGGGAAUGCACUUUGUGUGUGUGUGUGUGUGUGUGUGUGUGUGUGUGUGUGUGUGUGAGUGUGGGUAUGCGAGAGUGUUUGUGUACAAGUGUGUGUGUGUGUUGUCUUGGGGUUGUUUAUGUGAUUCUAGACAAGUUCCUUACCAUGGUGCUUAGACCUAAAGUCCCUCUGAAAAUGCUGUCAGGGUUGAGGAUGACAAAAAAUAAUGGAAAAAAAGCAUAACGGAAUGAAGAGGAUGAACUCAGACAACACAAACAGAAGGCACUGUACUGUAGGAACUUUAUAAUUAAUUUCCGGGUAAUGAAGGGAACUGAAUACAUUUAUUUAAGAAUACAACUGGAAGAAGUGACUUUAUCAACUCCAAACUGAUCAAGAAGAAAAAAAAGGAAUUAUAAACCCGGUUACUCUUUCCUCUUACGCUCUUUCACCUCCUCGUGCACAAUGAUGGCAUCCUUUACUCUAGCCUCACAACACUCAUUUCUCGCCCACUCAAGCCAUCGCGUCGCCAACUGACUCUCCUUUUUACACCCAUGAGCUAUUAAUUUCCAAUGCCAUACUGUGCUUUUAAAGGUGACUUAUGCUGUUUUUUUAUUGUCAGUUUUAUCAUGUGUUUGUGCGUGCGUGCGUAUGUGUGUUUAUGAAGCGUGCGGAUUGGAAAACGGUGCCUAUGAGGGCAAACUGUUCACUUUUACGCUCACCUUUGACUCUGGAGCCUUACGGACCAGCCUUUCCACAGAUUUACACUCCUUGUUUCCACGUGAUGUCUUAUCCACACCCAUGUCUCCAUCAUGUUUUUUAAGAGAUCAUGUCAUGUUAUUGAGUUUUAAAAUACAAAAAAGAUAAGAAAAUUACACUUAAUAUGAAGAUAAUGAUACUAAUAUUAUUAAUAAUAAUGAUGAGAAGAGAAAGUAUAAUUAUGGCAAAAAUGGCAUUUGAUGUCAUUAUAAAUUUUAGCUAAUUAUGAAGGAAACGUUCAUUGUUUUAUGUUCGCGGGCAUUGUCUUUGGUAAGCAGAUCAAAUAAACUUGAUCGGCCAUGCUGAGUU